GAAUUGUACGCCUUAAAAAGGAACAUCCGAACAUUGGCCACUGAUCGUAAACACGUGGUUACUUACGCAUUGAUUUCAAUAUUUAUCCGGCAUUGCACGUGUAACUUGAUUUUUAGUUUUUCAAAUAUGUUUUCACAAAGUUUGUCGGUAUUUAUUAAACGAGACGAAAAGUAUGUGCAGAAACUCUCAUUUUUUAGAAUUGACAAAGAACCAAGUGAGGAUGAGCAUAAACAAAUUUUAGACAUUUUAUGUGAAUUCUUAAUGAAUCCAGAAACCACGGAGGAUGUUGCAGAAUGUUUCCCACAAUUAUUGCCAGCAUUAAUUAUGAAAAGCAUUUCAAUGGAUAAAAUUUCCUUUGAUGACGAAGAUUUGAUUCAUAAAUUAAAUUCAGUUAUCUUAGCCAAAUUACUUUCCAAGAAUCGGGAUAUAUUAGUAUUUGUUCUACAUUAUUUUGAUGUAAAUCCAGCUCCAUUUGAAUUUAUAGAAGUUGAUCAUGGUCCUCCUUUAAAAAGACGUAAUAGGCAAAGAGUAAUAUCUGUCACAAAAGUAUCUGAUUAUGAUUUAGUAACUGCUUGUUAUGAUAUUCUAUGUAGUGCACCAAUACACUUUAAAUAUGCGUGGAAUUGGUCUAAAUUUUAUAAAUAUCUGACUCAUGAAGAUAGUGGUGUUAGAUGGGUAGCAAUAAAUUGUAUUUCUAUUGUAUUAGGAAUGUCAGAAUCUUCCUAUCUAUCUCAUGUGAGUGAUUUUGUUUCUAACAAUCAAGAGUACUUUGUUAAAAGUAAAGAAGUUAAUCGAAAUAAUAUAACAUGUGAAGAUACCAAAGAAAUAGAUGGAAUUCCUGGUGUACCUUCUGUAGUUUCCAUUGGAGGAAUUUUACUUCCAAUAUUUGAAAAAUCUGGAAAUAAAAAGGAAUUGAAUCUAGUUCCUGUACCAUCUACAAGACAAAAUUUACGAAAUUUAGCUUUGGCAGUCUCUUCCAAUAAAUGUGUAUGUUUACAAGGUACAGUUGGUUCUGGAAAGACUGCAUUAAUAGAGUUUUUAGCUCAAGCUACUGGUCACGAUGCACAGAAAUUUGCAAAAGUGCAAUUAGGUGAUCAAACAGAUUCUAAAAUGUUAUUAGGAAUGUACAGAUGUACUGAUAUUCCUGGAGAAUUUUUAUGGCAACCAGGAAUAUUGACUGAAGCUGUAUCAUCUGGCAAAUGGCUGCUUUUAGAAGAUAUUGACUGCGCUGCGACAGAUGUUAUUAGCGUUAUUGGACAACUUAUAGAAACUAAAACAUUAUCAGUCCCUGGAUACAGAGACUUGAUAUACGUGAAAAGUGGGUUUCAGUUGUUUGUUACUAGAAGAUUGAGUUCUGGAGGAACACAAAAAUCAUUUCAAAUGCCAAUGCAGAAACAGUGGUCUUGUGUUAACAUAGAAUCUUUAUCAAAGAAAGAACUCGUUACAAUUGUCCAAACCUUAUUUCCAAUAUUGCAUACGGUAGCUGUAAAAAUGGUUGAUGUGUUUUUAUUGUUUUCUGCUGGAAACCAUGAAGAUGACAUUGUGAAUAGUGUAAAGAAUACUAGACAAAUUUCUACCAGGGAUUUGAUUAAGUGGUGCUUUAGAGCUGUAGUUGAUUUUGAUGUAUCCUCACCUGCUUCAGGCCUGAAGAUCUUUCAAGAUGCUUUAGAUGUCUUUUGCUGCUCUGUGCCUAAUUCCGUACAACGUUUAAAUUUGGCAAUAGCUGUGGCACACAAAUUGGGUAUUGUAAAAACAAAAGCAGAAUUUUUUUCUCAAGUACAUAAACCAUCUGUAAAUCUCCACAAAGAAUGUCUUAUUGUUGGUAGAGCAAAGUUAGAGAUAAAAAAAGCUGAUAGAGUUAAAAUAGAGUCUAGAAGUUCCAAUUUUUCUUAUACAAGACCAUCUGUAUGUCUUUUGGAAAGAAUAGCUAGUUGUAUUGUACAGAAAGAGCCAGUUCUUCUAGUUGGAGAAACUGGCACAGGGAAAACAAGUUGUGUACAAUACCUUGCGCAGAUAACAGGCCACAAGUUGGUAGUAAUAAAUAUGAACCAACAGAGUGAAAGUACAGAUUUACUUGGUGGCUACAAACCGGUAGAUCUUAAACUUCUGAUUCUUCCAAUUCGUGAAGAAUUCGAGAUUUUAUUUCGAUCUUAUUUUGCAAUUGAACCAAACUUAAAAUAUUUGAAUCAUAUUGGGCGUUGCUUUGAAGAAAGAAAAUGGAAGAUAUUGAUUACUUUAAUGAUUCAUAGCACUAGUGCUGCUUUGAAAAGACUGAAGAUGUCUACAAAAAAUCACAAUGAGGUAGAAGUUUUAAAGAAAUGGGAGAAACUAGCAGAGAAAUUAGAAAAACUUCAGUCUCAGGUGCAGAGUCAAUUUUCUUUAGCAUUUUCAUUUGUAGAGGGUAGUUUAGUCAAAGCACUGAAAAAUGGAGACUGGGUUUUGUUAGAUGAGAUAAAUUUAGCUACUGCAGAAACAUUAGAAUGUCUUUCUGGUUUAUUAGAAGGAUCUUGCGGAUCUCUUUCUUUGUUAGAGCGUGGAGACAAAGAACCAAUUAAAAGACACAAAGACUUUGCAAUUUUUGCUUGUAUGAAUCCUGCAACAGAUGUUGGGAAAAAAGAUCUUCCCAUGGGUCUGAGGAAUAGAUUUACAGAAUUCUUUGUUGAUGAACUCACAGAAAAAUCAGAUUUACAACUUCUAAUGAGUUCAUAUCUGAAUGACUUAAAUCUGCCACCAGAAAAAAUUGAAAAUAUUGUCAAAUUUUACUUAAGUGUCAGGAAAGAAGCAGAAACCAGUCUUCUUGAUGGAACUGGGCAUAAGCCACAUUACAGUUUGAGAACACUAUGUCGUGCUCUAAGUGUAUCUGCACAGAAUCCUUGUAGAAAUAUAAUGAGAUCCUUAUAUGAAGCAUUUUGUUUAAGUUUUCUAACACAGUUAGAUAGUAAAUCUUACCCAAUAGUACAAAGAAUGAUUGUAAAGGCUAUCUUGGGAGAAAAAGCUGCCAGUGCUGUUAUUGGAACUCCAAUUCCAAGGCCACGUGGUCAUGCUGAGAGUUUUAUAUGUUUUGAGGGCUAUUGGAUCUCUAGAGGUGAUCUUGAGCCACAGAUUCCAGAAAAUUAUAUCCUCACAGAAACAGUGAAGCAAAAUUUGAAAGACUUAGUGCGAGUGGUAUCUAUUGGUAAAAUGCCUGUAUUACUGCAAGGGGAUACUUCAGUAGGAAAGACCAGUUUGAUAACAUACUUAGCGAAGGCUUCUGGACAUACCUGUGUACGAAUUAAUAAUCACGAACACACAGACCUGCAGGAAUACGUUGGUACCUAUGUAGCUGAUUCUUCAGGAAAGUUAGUUUUUAAAGAGGGUAUUCUAGUAGACGCUAUGCGGAGAGGAUAUUGGAUAAUUUUGGACGAGUUAAAUUUAGCACCUAGCGAUGUUUUAGAAGCUUUGAAUAGAGUUCUUGAUGAUAAUAGAGAGUUGUUUAUUCCUGAAACUCAACAAAUUGUAAAAGCACAUGAUAAUUUCAUGCUUUUUGCUACGCAAAAUCCUCCAGGUUUAUAUGGUGGAAGAAAGGUAUUAUCACGUGCAUUUAGAAAUCGAUUUGUCGAGUUACAUUUUGAUGAAAUUCCACCUAAAGAACUCCAAAUAAUUCUACACAAAAGGUGUAAGAUGCCAGAAACAUAUUGCAAGCAAGUAAUCAAUGUAAUGACAGAACUUCAAGUACGAAGAAAGGGUACUGCAACUUUUGCGGGAAAAAGAGGGUUCAUAACCCUUAGAGAUUUGUUUCGCUGGGCUGAAAGAUAUCACCUGGCACCCAAUAUUGUAGGCACUUUAUAUGAUUGGAGUCAACAUUUAGCAGAUGAAGGAUAUUUGGUUCUCUCUUCAAAAGUUCGUCACUCAGAAGAAUGUUUAGAAAUCAUAGAAGUGCUAAAGAAACAUUUAAAAAGAGAUGUUAGUCCAGAUGCUCUAUUUUCACUCUCUGAAAAAACUUCUACUGUGACUAAGCCAAUCUUGGAAUCUCUUUUGUCAAAGAAGAUUCCAGGAUUUGAACAUGUAGUCUGGACAUAUCAAAUGCGCAAAAUGGCAGUACUUCUCUCGAAAGCCUGUGACUUUAAAGAGCCAGUUCUUUUAAUUGGUGAAACAGGAGGUGGAAAAACUACAGUUUGUCAACUAUUGUCUGUAAUUAGACAACAAGAACUUAGUAUUGUCAACUGCCAUAUGCAUACAGAAGCUUCUGAUUUUCUUGGAAGUCUCCGUCCAGUUAGAGAACAUAGAGAAAAUCAGAAAUUGUUCGAAUGGGUUGAUGGUCCUUUAGUGAAAUCCAUGAAAGGUGGAGGCUUCUUUUUAGUAGAUGAAAUCUCUUUGGCAGACGAUAGCGUACUUGAAAGACUGAACUCUCUUCUAGAACCUGAACGUAAACUUUUAAUUGCUGAAAAGCCAUCAACUGAAGAAAAUGCAACGGUUACUGCACAUGAAAAUUUCAUCUUCGUUGGUACAAUGAAUCCUGGUGGUGAUUAUGGCAAAAAAGAACUUUCACCAGCUCUUAGGAAUAGAUUCACGGAAAUUUGGUGCGAAGGUUGUGUUUCAUUGGACGAUCUCAAGUGUAUUAUGGUACACAAUCUACGGAAAGAAUACAAGGAAGCUGUUCCAGCAGCAAUAAUAGGAUUCAUAAAGUGGAUACAAACUACAGAAAUAGGAAAAAAGCUUGUCGUUAGUGUCAGAGAUAUCCUUACAUGGGUGAAUUUUGUUAAUUCUUGUGAAGAUUUAGGAAUAGGAGAUGCUUUUUUCCAUGGUGCAGCUUUAAGCUAUAUCGAUGGGCUUGGAUCUGGUUUAACUGCAGCAGAAAAUUCAAAGAAGUUGAAAAGUUUUAAGGAUUCUGCAUUGAAAUUUAUUAAACAGCAAAUACAGAAUACAUUAAAAUCUGAAUUAAUAUUAAACAAUGAAGAAUUUGAUGUCGACAAUUAUAAGGAUAAAUUUGGAAUACAUCCAUUUUAUAUUAAGAAGGGAAAUGUACAAAUUCCAAGUAAUGUAGGAUUUGCUUUUGCAAGCCCAACAACAAAAAUGAAUACUCUGAAAGUUUUACGUGCUUUGCAAUUAAAGAAACCAAUUCUAUUGGAAGGUAGUCCAGGAGUUGGCAAAACUAGUUUAGUUUCUGCACUUGCCAGAGCAUCUGGACAUCGUCUUCUUAGAUUAAAUUUAAGCGAUCAAACGGAUAUUUCGGAUUUAUUCGGAGCGGAUUUACCAGUGGAGGGAGGGAAGCCUGGUGAAUUCUCAUGGAGGGAUGGUCCUUUCUUAAGAGCUCUAAAAAAUGGGGAUUGGAUUCUUCUGGAUGAAUUGAAUCUUGCAUCCCAAUCAGUUCUCGAAGGAUUAAACGCCUGUCUCGAUCAUCGUGGUGAAGUUUACAUCCCGGAAUUAGGAAUGUCUUUCAUCGUAAAGCCAGGAACUCGAUUAUUUGGUUGUCAAAAUCCUCUUCGUCAAGGUGGAGCUAGAAGGGGGCUUCCAAAGUCAUUCUUGAACCGUUUCACACAAGUUUUUGUGGAUGCUUUGGAACAGAGGGAUCUAAAAUUCAUUUUAAAUGUUCAAUUUCCGGAGCUGCCAGAAGAUUUACUCGAUAAGAUGAUUCAGUUUAAUGAAGAAUUGAGCUCUCAAGUUGGAACUACUUGGGGCCAUUCGGGAUCACCUUGGGAAAUGAAUCUUAGAGAUGUCACUAGAUGGUGUGAAAUAACCAUGGCAGCUUUCAAAAAGAGUUCAAAAAAGAUUUUCAAUCCCGGAAAUGGUGCUCAACUGAUUUACGUUGAUAGAAUGAGGACAAAUGAAGAUAAAAAAAAUGUGAUCGAGAUAUAUAAUAAGAUUUUCUUACAAAAUGAUUGGCCUUUACCAGAUCCAGAGUACGUAGUCCACUUGACGAGAAAGAAGCUCUUUUUGGGAGACGAAAUAUUGGAUCGCAGCGAUUCUGCAGUGUACGAGAAUGAUGAUUUAUUACUCCUGAGGGAGCAGAAAACUGUCCUCAAGGGACUUGCGCAGUGUGUUAACAUGAAUUGGAUGGCCAUUCUCAUCGGUGGAUCUGGAACCGGAAAGACCAGUCUCGUACAUCUUCUUGCAAACCUGGCCGGGCGGAAGCUGAAAUCGAUCGUCGUCAAUUCUGCGAUGGAUACUACGGAAAUUUUAGGCGGCUUCGAACAGACGGAUUACGAUAGACACUUGGAGGAAUUACUGGAACGUGUGCAGACACUCUUGAUCGGCAUCUUAAGAAAGAAAUUGAAGAAGGAGAACUUGAACGAGGUGGUGCGUUACCAUGCUCUCUUGGAAAAUGUUCGACAUUUAUCUACAGGGGAUGAGGAAACAAUGGAAACGACCAUGUCGACGGAGACCAAGCAGUUUCUACGUAAAACGAAAGAAUUAUCGAAGCUGGUGUCAGCGAUGAAAGAGCUCGAGGUUUCCUGCGAACAGGAAUUACACGAGAUCGAGAAAAAGCUGACCGAUCUAUCGAUUGCUGUAGAGAAGGACAAAUGCUUGAACGCUGGUGGAAAAUUCGAGUGGGUUGACAGCGUGUUAGUGAAGUGUCUGCAAAAUGGCACGUGGUUACUGCUCGACCAGGUGAAUCUCUGCAGCCCAGCAAUUUUGGACCGAUUGAAUGGCUUGCUAGAACCAAACGGCGCUCUAACGAUCGGCGAGAAAGGCGUCGAUGAAGGUGGAAAUGUGUUUACCGUGCAAGCUCAUGAGAACUUCAGGUUGUUCCUCGCCAUGGAUCCUCGUCACGGGGAAAUAUCCAGAGCGAUGAGAAACAGAGGCGUAGAAAUCAGCGUGCCGACCCCUCAACACGUUGUUCUAGCCAAUCCCUUAGACGUGAUGUCUUUGUUAAACAAUUGUGGCAUGGGAAACGUGAGGCAUCAAAGGUUGCUGCUAAAAAUUCACCAAAGCCUGUUCGAUAAACAGUACAAGCUAAACGAAAUGUUGCAAGUGGCAUCGUUCACUGUCCAACAAAUGUCGAAAGGAUUUGCUUUCGAGCAGUCGUUGAGAAACUCGUAUCGUGAGCUUUGUGGCACGUUCGACGCAAAGUCGAAGCACGAAGCUUUGAGAAAAGUCGACCAGGUUUUGUCAGAGACUGCUGGAGACGAGGCACCUGGUCUGUGCUGUGAACUAAAUCCAAUGACCUUGAGAAUGUGCGAUCUCAGGAAGAACGCAAGACUGGCGAUGGUCAAGCAACAAGGAUUCCUUUUGAAAUUAACUUUAGAGAAACUCAGCGGCGAUCCGCGGGAAAUUGAUUUCCAAGAUUUUUUCCACCAACCUCCCAUCACAGACACAAUGGGGUUCUUCGAACACAUUUUACUCGAUUUUUACGGACGGUCGUCUCUGGAUGACCUGCAAAUACGACGACUCUGGAGUUGGGAUAUUUUUUCAGAAAGUAAACUCCAUAAGUUGGCAAAGAUAAAUGAGCAUCUUUACGAGCAAGUUGAAAAUAUGGGAUUUUUAUUCAGGAAGAAAUCUGCUCUAGAAAUCCCAUUGAAUCUCGUCGAACCUCCGACGUCCUCCAAUAAUUUGCUUAUCGCGUUGUACUUUCGAUUGAUAACUUUGCAUUGCCAAACGGAGAAACAUUCUGAGAAAUGCGAUUAUGUGAUGUACUUGGGGGAAUAUUCGGCUGCUGUUUGCUCAGGAGAAAUAUCAACUACGUUGAAGAACGAGCCACUAAUAUCGAAAUUCGUAGAAAUUUGUGAACAUUCCGGAAAGAUCAUCGAAACGAUACUUCAGAACGAAAACUUAUCGUUAAACGACAAGGACUACGUAGAAUUGCGAGAUGGUUUGAAAUGGUACGAAAGAUUUCAUGACAUGGGAAAGAUGAAAUUGAUCAAUAAAUUACAAGGAACGUUCUUCGAUCCGCGUGAAAUCUCCUCGUCCCUGAAAGUCCAUUAUAAAUGGCUGAUGAAAUUUAUCAGGAAACUAUUUACGCUGAUCGAUGCAAAAUUAUGUGAUUCAAAAACGCAAAAAGACCUGUCAGACUUUUCGAAGAAAUAUCUAGACUCGUUGAUCGACGUAGAUAAAUUUGGGAAAGUUCGGAAGAAAGUCCGGCAGGUUUUGUGCAUUCCAUCGCCUCAUUUUUCCGAAAGUUCGAUGACUUUCCAUGAAAAAUUACGAUGCGUAUCGAGAAAGCUCGAAAUCACCGAAGAAGAUUUGAUCGAUUCGUUGAAAACGAAAUUAAAAAUCGUCACGAUUGGAUCCUCUGAAAAUCUGGCCUUCAGAAAUAGGUUCGCUGAAAUUUGUGUCGAAAAUUUCCGAAAUAAUCGAGAGAAUGCAAAUAUAAUUAAUGAUAUAGGAGAAAUUGAAGAAAUGACCAAAAAUAUUGUAGAAGUUAAAGAAAUCAACGAGAGUGAUGUUAGAACGAAUCAAAAUUUCGAGGAAGCUAAAAUAUGGCCAAUUUACGAAUUUUUCUUUUUAUUUUUCGCGUAUCGUUUCCAGAGGAAAUUUUGCGACGAAUUUGCGCAAGAUAUUGAAGAGGAAAUACGUCGAAGUUUUGAAAAGAAUUUGAACGAGAGCAAUGAAAUUUCUGAGAAUCUUACGGACUUGGAAGAAUCGAGAAAUUUUGUUGAGACAGCUUGCGGAGGAUUUGGGAGAAUUUACGAGGAAAGCGUGUUUAGAAAAUUCGAGCAAGUUCCAACGAUACCGACGCGUUUGAUCAGUUUGAUGAAGGCUCUGAAUGCUAAUGAGAUGCUAACUAAACGAAGGAUCUCUUUGUUCCCUGAGUUGCUCUGCUCUGUCGAGGAAUUUGCGGAAAGGUCUUUCGCUGUUAAAAAUUCGAAUAUUCUUUUACAUUGGUAUGAUAACGAAGAAGAUAUGACGGAAGACGAUUUUAAUAUUUCACAGACAAACUUCGUCAACAAAUCAGCCCUCUGCAACCUAAUCUUUGAACUAUUUCUAAAUUCAAAAUCUGGAAGCAAAAGGGAAUUAAUCAAUUUUGGAAAUUACAAGAACCAAAAGAAACUUCUGCAAACGAUACAGACGCUGUUAUGGAAAAAUUCUUUGGUUUUAAACUCGGAUGAAUUCAACAUGUCCAACAACGACUCUAUCCUAUUACGAUUUCUCAUAAAUUAUUACCUGUCUGUCAUGGAAAAAGUCAUGGAAGAACAAAAUGAUUUUGAAAAUAGGCCCUUUAAACCAACUUAUACACUAACUUCACUGCAAAAAAUCAAAAAAGAAUUAGAAAAUGGAAACAAUGUCAUUACAACAGGAAUUGGAUGGUUGACCUUAGGCUAUCUACAAAUAUUUCUCUUCGGUGAUCUAGGAUCCAUUGAUCCAGUUCAGAAAAUUGCCUUGAAAUCAAAAUACAUACGAAAAAAUAUUUCUGAACUGGAACAUUUAAUAUGCAUUGAAAAUUUACAAUGUAUUAUCCUUGGAACCUCUAUGUCGAAAGCCCAAAAAGUAUCAAGAAUCAAUCAUUUGAAAAUAUCAUCCAACAAAGCAAAAAACUUUGAAAACUUUCAGGCAGUGAGACCUACGUCAAAGUUCCAAAAUUUGAGAGAAGAGAUAGAGAAUUUUUCUAGCAAUAUAGGUUCGUUUGAAUCGAUAAUGAAACAAAAAUACCAAUUGAUUGACAUUGUUAAACAACUUAAAAAAGGGGAAUUGCAAGAUUCCCAUAGAGAAAAGUUGCAUGAAGCUAUAAUCUGGAAGAAAUCUCUGGAAAGAUUCUCUCAUAGAUUGGAAAAAUAUUUCCUGGUUGGCUUUCCUGACUUUGUUUCCCCAAUGAUGUCUGCAAUUUUCAGUUUACAUCAUGGUAUAUCAAUUUUAAUUCAUGAACUCUCGAACAUGCAAUUUCAAAACGCAAAUAGUGACAUCUGUUAUAACUUGCUGCGUUUUCCUGUAGUUGGCCUGUGUCAAGAGAAUUACAUAAACUUAGUGAAGCUGUGCUCUUCAGAAAAACUAGUGUUCAUUCUAACAAAACAGUCAAAAUCAAAGGCUAUCCAGAGAGACAGGUUUACAAUGGCUAAAAUUGCAUUGAAGGAGCUUGAAAAUUUGUCUCUGGUUAAAAAUAAUAUAGAAUCCCUGUGGGAGGAACUAAAUAAAAUAUUUUUCAAAAUAAGAAUCUUGUGGAAGGAGCAAGAGAAGCAAAGGGAAGAAGAGAUGAAAGAAAAAGAAAGUUUGUUUAAAACAAAGUCUGAGAAAGAAGAAGAGGAGUUGGAUUUUAAAAAUAUGUUCCCAGGCCAUCAACAGGAAUUCCUAGAGCUAGCAGAAAUAAUCCCAGGUUUUCAACAGGACCUUUCAGAACUCCAAAAAUUUCCAGAAAAUAUCUCCACUGAUAAGGAAUCCUUUACUGAAUUGAUAUCUACGAAGGAUGCUAGAAUAAUUCAAGAAAUCCACUGGAAUAUCUUGAAAAGUUUUUCUGAUGAUAGAAAUUUAAAAGCUCUUUCAAUGAAUAUUUCUCCAAGGUCUAAAAAUAAUUUAGGAACUUCUGAAUCUAAUGUAGAACCAAAUUUCAUUGAACCUCUGAUACAAAGAUUUGAAAUGCUAGGAUCCUCUGUGAAAACUUGGUCUGAAAAUUUGUCCUCUCAAUUAGUAUGCUGCUUAAACGUAUUAAUCUCACAAAAAUCCAAUUUUGAUAAUAGAAGUAGUGAUCGAGAAGUCUAUGACUUCUAUAAAGACCCUAAUAUUCCAGAAAUUGAGCAGUGUCAACCACUUUUUGACAGACUUUGUGAAAGAGUCAAUGGAUUUCUAAAAGAAUGGCCUGAAAAUCCCAUUUUAAAUUCGAUCAAACUAAUAAUUGACAGACUUCUCAGUUUCUCCAUCGAUUCUUCCUUAUCUAGAUUUUUGGUUGGAGUGGAAUUAUUGCUAACAAAGAUGAAGCAGUGGGAAGAAAAUGCUCGUUUCGAUGUUAGUUUAGCAGAAUUUAUCGUAUCUUUUGGUGAAAAGAUUCUUUGUUGGCGGAAACUUGAGAUUUCAAGGUGGAGGGACUCGUUGGAUGUACUUGAAGAUGAUUUGAAAACUGGAGCUUCAAAGUGGUGGUUUUUUUUGUUCAAUUUAAUAGAUCAGUACCUUACAGAUGAUACUGAGAAUGUUGUACAGUUAGAAGAAACUGAGAAAUUAGAAGAUGCAACUAAAUCUAAUAAUGUUUCAAAAGAAAAGGUGAUUGAAAGUUUAGAACGUUUCUUGAUAGAAUCGUCCUUGAUUGAGUUUGAAACAAGACUUCAAUUAAUUUACCUUUUUUAUCAACAUAUUAAUCAUCUCCAAGAAACAAAAAAACAGAAAGAAUUAUUAGCUAUUUUCUGGAAUAUUUAUUUAUAUUACAGCCAAUUUCUUAAUGAUGUUCAAAAUAAGAUAAAAGUUUUAAAAGAACCUAUAGCUAAGAAAUUGAAAGAUACCAUCAAGAUUACAAGAUGGAAUGAUAUAAGUUAUUGGUCUGUGAAAAACACUGCUGAAAAAACACGUAGAACAUUACACAAAUUUGUCAGAGAGUUCCAAAAAGGUUUACGACUAAAUGUUGCAUCCUAUUUGACCUUGAAGACAAAAGCAGAGACAGAGGAAACAGGUUCCAGAAGAGAACUCCAACCAUCUGAUUUCUUAAUCAAUUUGGAGUCAAGAAAACUAAAAAAGAUUGAGAAACUAACUCACAAAACUCGUCAGUUCUGUGAAAAUAUUAUUGAAAGAAACAAUUAUUCUCAAAUUCGGAAGGAUAUUGAAACUUUCAUAGGAGAGAGUCUCGAAGAAAGCAAAAGACUGAGAAAUUUGGAAGUUGAUAAAACCUUGACAAAAGGCAAGCAACAAGCUCAGUUAAAAAGCAUGCUUCAACAAAAGAAGUUAGCACUGACAAAUUAUUUCAAAGCAUUAAAUCGACUUGGAAUUUCAUAUAGAAUUGGUAUUUUGACUUGGAAAAAUAGAAAAAAUGAAAUUACAAAUUUCACAUCUAUGCCUCUAGAUCUGCAAGAAAUACAAUGUUUUGAAUUCAAAAACAAAAGUGUAAAUGUAGAUAAAGGAUUACUUGAACAAUGGUCUGAUUGUAACAAGUAUUAUUAUGAAUCUUUAAUUAAAUUGAAUUUCCUUGAUGGUAUAUUAAGUUCUGGAAAAAGUAAACUAGAUAUCCAAAAUGCUGAACGUUGUCGCGGCCUUUCAGUUCACCUUGUAUUGUUAGCUCAUCGCCAAAAAGAAACGAUUGCAAAUUUCUUCAAACGAUUUCUUCCAUUUAGAAUCCAAGUGUCAAACCUUGCAUUAAUGGUAGAAGGCAUGGUAGAAAAGACUUCAAAUGAAAAUGACAUGCAAGAAAAUAUUUCCAAAAUCGUAGAAUUUGAAAAACUUGAUAUUCCCGCACAGAGAAACUUACAGAUCAUCAUAAACAAUUUCCAGGAAUUAUUAGAAGUAUUACAAAUGUCUAUGAAACAAAUUGUAAUUUUCUUGGAGAGUUGUCCAAUGGAAUCUCUCGCAGAGGAAAACCUUCUUGAUCUAAAUGAAACUGCGGUUCCUAUUUUAAAAGAGGCUAAUAUUUCGAAAACUUCAAUUGCGUCUAUGAAACAUAGCUUAAAUUUAAUAAAAAAUAUGGCAAAUAAAUUAAAUUCGUGGAUCACAACUUCAAGAAAGAUUGUGAAAUCAAGUCAAGUCUUCUUGUUUCAUCAAAAGCAUGUUGACUUUCUGCAAACAAGUUAUGAAGAGAUCAAUGAAAUCAAAAGAAAAUUAAUUGAUCUUAGGUGUACUUUUACGCUCGAUCAUCCACUCAGUAAAAAUUUAGAUUUCUUAGUUCAAAAGAUUGAAAAAAGUAUUGAAUUAUUCAAAUCAACAUUUACUUCGGCGAUAAAACAAUCUUUUGAAUCUGAAAAUUUAGAAGAAUAUGAAGCUAAAUUAGAUAAAUUGAUUACACAAAUUCUGCUUGUCAUUCAAAAGAAACUUCAAGAUAGUCAAAAGUCUAUUGAAGAAACAACUGAUCCUGAGAAAGAAUCUACAGAUGAUUUUGAAGAGGAUCUAAUGACAAAAGGAUUAAUAGAACCAUUAAAGAAAAUUGUUCCAGAUUUACGGUUGAACACUAUAUCACAAAUACUUGGAGAAUUAUUACAAAUUAUUUAUGAAUGUGAUGUCAAUUCUGCAAAUAAUUGCAUAAGAUCAUUUCUGCAACAUCUACCUCUUCUAGAACAAUAUACUUUGUUUCUUCACUAUUAUCUUCACGAACAAGUCGCAUCUUUCCGCCUAACUUGCAAAUUCCUCUAUCUUCAAUUAAACGUCUUUCUGGAUUUAGCAACAAAUGGAUUUUGUCAACCAGAAAACAUGGAUGCACCUGAAGAUAAUCAGGAAGAUGAUGGUACAGCCGAGGGAGGAAUGGGAUUGGCUGAAGGCGAAGGUCAAAAAGAUGUUUCAGAGAGGAUUGAAACGGAGGAUCAGUUGGAAGAAACUAGAGGCACAAAUGAAGAAGAAAAGGACAAUGAAAAAAAGGAUACAAAGGAAGAAGAAAAGGGUAUAGAGAUGUCAGAAAAUUUCGAAGGCCACAUGCAAGAUCUUGAACAACGUGAAGAAGAGGAAAAUAAUAAAGAAGACGAUGAUCUCGACAAAGAAAUGGGCGAAACUGAUGAAACUGCGGAGAAACUUGAUGAAGAAAUUUGGAAAGAUGAAGAGGAAGAAGAAGACAAUGAAAAUGAAGAUAAAGAAAAUGAGAAAGAAGAAAGAGGAACUGGUGAAAAGACUGGACAAGAAGAAUUAAGUGCAAAAGACACUGAUGAAAACAAGAAUGAAGAUGGAAAUGCAGAAAAAGAACCUAAUGGUGAAAGGAAAGAAGAACAAAAAAAAGAGAUUAACGAAUUUGAAGAGCCUGAAGUAAACGAGGAUCAGGUUGAUCCUUAUCAUGGAAAAAAUCAACCAGAAAUAGAACCAGAACCUUUCGAACUUCCAGAAGAUAUUAAUUUGGAUGAAGAAAUGAAAGAGGAUAAUCCUGAGGGCGAGGAAGAAGAUCCUUUUGAUAUUGAUCAGAUGAAGGAAUCUAAAAUUCCAGAAGAGAAAGAAGAUGAAGAAUCUGAAAAUAGAAAUGGUUCCGAAGAGGACAAUCAGCAGGAUUCUAGUGAUGGAGAAAAUGAAGAAGAAGAAGAAGAUCCAAAUGCAGAUGCUAAUAAAAAGAGGGAUGAGAAUGUUAUAAAUCCUGAAGAGGAUAAAGGAGAUGAUACAGAAGAACAGAACAUAGAGGAAAAUCAAACAGAGGAAGAUAAGGCACCACCUAGUUUUGACACGGGAAGCAAAGAAGUUGAUGCUUCGCAAGAAAUUGAAUCAAGGAAAGAUGGCUCUAGAGAUGCGGUACAAAGUCAAUCAAAUGAUGAACAAAUGGAAAUAGAUCCUACAGAAAAUAGUACAGAUGAUAAAAAAGAUAAAGGAACCGGUCAAUCACAAACAGAAGAACGUGAAGGACAUUCUGGAUCUAAGCAAGAACAGAAUGUUCCUGCCUCCGGCGAGGAGAAAUCUCCCAAACCUGUUUCAAAACGAAAAAGACCAGGUGAAAGCGAUGAAAAUCGUAGUUUGCUUGAUGAUGAUACCAAAUCUUCAGUAAAGAAAUUAAAAACCACUACAAUGCAGCAAGAUCUAGAUAGUCAAGAAGAAAAAGAGAAAAAUGAAGGUGGUGGUGAGAGUGAAACUUAUGAGCAUAUUAAGAAUACAGAGAAAUUUGAUGAUUACGUUUUUGAUGCUGCAACUGAAGAACAAAUUAAAAAACAAGCGUCGAAUUUAGAAGAAGAUGAAAAGGAUCAGAUGGAAGAUAAAUUGGAAGACGAUGACAUUGAGAUGCAUAGAGAUCUGGAAUCGAAAGAUCAAGAAGAAGAAAUAAAGAAAGAACAGCCUCAGAAAGUAUCAGAAAGGAAGAAAGACAAAUCCACAAAUGUCAAGGGUGAAAAAUCAGAUGAUGUGGAACAAAUUGAAAUAGGAGGUGAAGUUGAAGGUGAAACAGUGGCAACAAGUCGUGUUUUACGAGGAAACGAAUCCACUAUUCACACAAAAUUGCCAGAAUCAGAAUCCUAUGAUCUUUCUACAGAUGAUAUUGUACAAAGAAGGACUGAAAUCGAAAAUAUGUUAGGUCAGUGGUCUCAAGGACCAUCUUCGAUAGAAGCAGCGAAUGCUUGGAGUUCAAUAAGUGCCCUAACAGAAUCAGCUGCUAGGGAAUUAUCAGAAAAAUUGCGAUUGGUAUUAGAACCUACACUAACCUCCCGGUUAAAAGGCGACUAUAGAACUGGCAAGCGUAUAAACAUGAGAAAAGUAAUUCCCUAUAUCGCCAGCGAAUUUCGAAAAGACAAAAUUUGGUUGAGACGCACAAAACCAUCAAAAAGAGAUUAUCAAAUAGUAUUAGCUAUCGAUGAUUCUAGUAGUAUGGCUGAUAAUCAUUCAAAGGAAUUAGCGUUUGAAUCCCUUUCGUUGAUUGGGAAAGCUAUGACAUAUUUGGAGGUUGGCCAACUUGCUGUUAUCAAUUUCGGGGAACGAGUGAAUAUCCUUCAUCCCUUCGGGGAAAACUUUACAGAGGAAAGUGGUGCUAGGUUAAUUCAAGAAAUGAAAUUUGAGCAGAAGAAGACAAUGAUUGGUGAACUGCUUGAUUUUACAAUGGAAAUGUUCACAUCUCAAGACAAUUCUUCUGACAAUGCGAAGUUGGUAACCAUCUUAUCUGAUGGUAGAGGCAUAUUUUCAGAAGGGACAGAAAAAGUAACUGCAGCUGUGAGGAAAGCUAAAUUGUUGAAUAUUUUCCUUGUUUUCAUAAUAGUUGAUAAUCCUUUCAAUAAGGAUUCAAUACUUGAUAUAAGAAUGCCAAUUUUCAAAGAUGGCAAGUUAUUGGGUAUAAGUUCCUACAUGGAUAAUUUCCCAUUCCCAUUUUAUAUUAUUCUUAGAGAUUUGGAUACAUUACCUGUUGUGUUAAGUGAUGCAUUAAGACAAUGGUUUGAGAUUGUAGGCAGGAUUGAUAUAUAAAAGUAAUUUAUGUAAAUAAUUCUACUGUAAUUUUUACGUGUAAUUAAACUACUAUGUACUUUCAUCACACAGUGAUGUUGUAAAUAUAAUAAUUUUUUUACUACA